UUUGGCGGGCGGGUCAUGGAGGCCGCUGGCGAGGGGGCGGGGCGCGGGGACGCGCCUGAGGAGAAGCAGCAGCAGCGGCGGCUGCGGCGGCCGGAGGAGCCGAGCGGCGGGAUGGGCGAGCGGGGAGCGGCGGGGCGGCGAGCGGCGGGGGCGCCGGCAGGAGGGGGCGGCGAGCGGAGGGGCGCCGGAGACGCCGCCCAGCCCCCCGAGGGCGGAGACUUCAGAUGCCACAGACUUCAGGAUUCCCUGCUGAGCUCAGCCAGUGGCUACAGCAACUACCGGGGUAUAUUGAACUGGUGUGUUGUCAUGCUGGUCUUGAGCAAUGCUCGCCUCUUCCUAGAGAACCUCAUCAAGUACGGCAUCUUGGUGGACCCCAUCCAGGUCAUCUCCCUGUUCCUGAAAGACCCCUACAGCUGGCCUGCGCUGUGCCUUAUUAUCGUGGCCAAUGUGUUCGCUCUGGCAGCUCUGCACAUUGAGAAGAGGCUGGCGGCGGGCUCUAUGUCGGAGCACCUUGGGGCCGUCCUGCACACCAUUAACCUCCUGACAAUCUUAUGCUUCCCUGCGCUGGUGACUCUUGCUGUCACCUCCAUCACGCCAGUUGGGGCAGUCUUUGCUCUGAGCGUCCACACCAUCCUUUUCCUCAAGCUCUUCUCCUUCAAGGAUGUCAACAAGUGGUGCCGGGAGAAGAGGCAAGCCAAGGCCGCCCGAACCCGCUCUGCCGCCGGGUUGCAGAAGGCCAAUGGGAACGUGGCCUCGGGGGCCGUGGCUUACCCAGCGAACCUGACCUAUAGAGACCUCUACUACUUCCUCUUCGCACCGACCUUGUGCUACGAGCUGAACUUCCCGCGCUCUCCUCGCGUCCGCAAGCGCUUUCUGCUGCGCAGGCUGGCUGAGAUGCUCUUCUUCCUCCAGCUGAUGGUGGGGCUGAUUCAGCAGUGGAUGGUCCCCACAAUUCAGAACUCCAUGAAGCCUUUUCGGGACAUGGACUACUCCAGAAUCAUUGAGCGCCUUCUGAAACUAGCUGUCCCCAACCACCUGAUCUGGCUCAUCUUCUUCUACUGGUUCUUCCACUCCAGCCUGAAUGUCAUUGCGGAAAUCAUGCAGUUUGGAGACCGGGAGUUCUACAGGGACUGGUGGAACUCGGAGACCGUGACCUAUUUUUGGCAGAACUGGAACAUCCCGGUCCACAAAUGGUGCUUGAGGCAUUUCUACAAGCCCAUGAUGAAGAAGGGGGCUUGCAAAUGGGUGGCUCAGACAGGCGUCUUCUUCGCUUCUGCUUUCUUCCACGAGUACCUGGUCAGCGUGCCCUUGAAGAUGUUCCGGCCCUGGGCGUUCAUAGGGAUGAUGGCUCAGAUUCCUCUGGCCUGGUUUGUGGGCCGGUUCCUUCAGGGCAACUAUGGGAACGCGGCUGUGUGGAUCUCCUUGAUCAUUGGGCAGCCCAUUGCCGUCCUCAUGUACGUCCAUGACUACUACGUGCUCAACUACGAGGGCAGCCAGUGACCCCCCCCCGGCGAUGCCCCUCCUGCCUUCCCACCAGCAGAGGGACCCCUGGCGAGGGCAGAGCAGCCUCUUCCUGCCGUUUCCUGGGCGCCCCACGACUCUCCGCAGCACCAGCAGGGGCAGAGAUGCUGCUGCCGCCAUCUUUGCCCUGGAAAGUUGCCUUGUGUGAUCUUUUUCUGUGUGUGUGUGUCUGUCUGUCUGUAACGGCUGCCCGCCAGGUACUCGUUUUUUGAGUCCGAAGUCUGGAUCAAUGCAAUAACUGUCAGUGGGGGCCGCCUUCUCUGGAUUGACGCUUGGGGCCGGCACCUGGGCUGGGAAUUUUCCAGGUGAAUCCUGCCGCGGCUCAAUGAAGGAGGAGGGAGGUGUGGCCCCCCAUCCAAUUGGAAUACGGUUCGAAUCCUGCUGUGCCCAAGGGUGUGGCUGGGAGUUGGGGGGGGGUCUGAGCUUUGCCCAGAGCCUGGAUGGCCCCCCCAUCUGGGUAGGCAGAGACAGCUCCCUCCCUUUGGUGCUGACCUUCAGGGCGCUUUAAAGGACUGUCCCUCACUGGGGGGGGGGGUCCUCUUCCGUCCAGCCCAAAGGCAUUGGGCAUUCAGUUCCGUCCUAGCUUUUGGCUACCGGCAGCUCUUCUGUAGCGAAAGGGGCGCAGCGUCCCCUUUUGCCGGCCUUGAGCCCAAGGCCUUAUGGGAAUAAGGAAUGCUGGUUAGCAGGGGCUCCUGUGGCCGGAUUUUGGUACUACUGCCUGUGGUGGCACGGGUGAUUGGAAGCUUUUUUCUCCUGGGGGGGCCUGGUUUGGGUUCGUGGCAGUUUCUGCCCCUAGAGCUGCCUCGGUUCUCUUCCGUCCCCUUUCCCAGGAUCCGUCCUCGCAGCAGGGGAGCAGCGACUUGUGGGGGGCGGGGUGUUGCUCCAAUUCCACAGCACCCCUGCUCCCGGCAUAGGUGGCUGUGUUGGCGACUGCUGCUGCCCAGCUCUUUUUCAGCCAAGGUGGUGCUUGGCUGUGUGUGGUCAUUCCCCUGUUUUGACAACCCAGCAACUUUUUAAAGAGUUUGCAGAAUGUAUCUGUCUCAUACAAAAAGUGAUUAAAGCAUAUUUUCAAAA